UAAGCUGCGCCCUGUGGCGCUCGGUGGGGAGCGGGCAGGUAGAAAGCCGCCGCCCGGUGCGCCCCGUUAGGGUGCCGCGGCUGCCCAAGGGAGGCUCGGGCGCCAGCGCCUGGUAGGCCGCGAGCUAACUCUGGGCCAGCCGCGCACCUGAGCAGGAUUGUUGUGAGCAAUCCCAUAGGUUGCUUCGGUCUUGGGGAGGAAAGCCCGGAUAAAAAUAAAAUGCAAAGAGAUUGUUCUGGCCGAAGGGGUUAAGAGGCUGUGGGAGCCCAAGUCCCCAUCUGUCAUAAAGGACUCUUGAGCCAAAAUCAUCCUGCGCCAUAGCCUGAAGGUUCUGGAAUAAAGUUGUUGAAGCCUUGGACUCUCCAGAAGAAAGGCGGGAUAUAAAUGCAUGGUUAAAUCAAGAGUAAUGCUGACAUAUUUUACCCAUUUGACAUUAUGGGAUUUGUAGAGACAGUCGGAAUUGCUAUGUACCUUCAUCCUUUGCUCAACAGACCAUUCUUUGCUAAUGGCGUCCAGGUAAUUUCUCAGGAGCAAUUUCAGCAAGUGCUUUUUUAAAAACACACACAUUAUAAAAUAAUGGAAUUGGAAAACAGGUCACUAAUCCCCAGUGUACUGCUCAUUACAAGUAAUCUUGCAAGUCAGUUGUGAGAUCACAAGGAACCUCGCCUCUUUAAGAUAAACUGGCUGCUGGAAUUCUGCACGCCCUAGAAUCACGUGCUGUUACUUCCUGCUUUUGUUUGGUCAGAGGGGCCAUGGCUUCUUCCGUGCUGCUUGUGUUGCUGUUGGUUUGGAGGGCAGGUGCUACGCUUCGUCUUGCCUCCUAUUAUGGCGAUCACAUGGUACUGCAGAAGCAACCAAGUCAGGCCGUCAUAUGGGGCUAUGGGGAUCCUGGCGCCAACAUAGUAGUGACUGUUUCUAAGGAUCGCAACGUUAUGGAAAAAAUGACAGACAUUAAAGGCUCUGGGAUCUGGAAAGUACUCCUGAGUCCUAUGGCCCAAGGUGGCCCUUUCAAUAUACACAUACGGCAAUACUGGACGGGACAGGUAUCAAAUGUGACGUUGAACGAUGUAUACUUUGGAGAUGUCUGGUUUUGUAGUGGACAAAGUAACAUGGAAAUGACAGUUUCUCAGAUAUUCAAUGCCAGUAAGGAGCUUGCAGAGGCUUCCCAUUACUCACUCGUCCGUGUGUUUUCAGCCGGUCUUGUCCAGUCUGAAGUGGAAUUGCAGGACCUUGCCAGCGUCAGCUUGCCGUGGUCUAUUCCAACAGCCAAGAACCUUGGCCAUGGAGACUUCAGUUACUUCUCUGCUGUGUGCUGGCUCUUUGGCCGGUAUUUGUUCGAGAAGCUCAAGUAUCCCAUAGGACUGAUAGACUCCUCCUGGGGAGGGACACCAAUAGAGGCCUGGUCUUCCAAGAGGGCACUGCGGGAAUGUGCAAUCUCAGGAUACUCUAAAAAGGCUGCUUCCUUAUCCAUUGAUUCUGGCCCCAAAGUGUUAUCGGUGCUCUGGAACGCCAUGAUUCACCCUUUUCUCAACAUGACCCUCCAAGGUGUUAUUUGGUAUCAAGGUGAAGCGAACACCCUUAUAGACACCAGUCUGUACAACUGCACAUUUCCCGCACUCAUAGAAGACUGGCGGAAAGGCUUCCACGAAGGGUCUGAUUGGCAAACUCAGCGGUACUUUCCCUUUGGCUUUGUCCAGUUAUCUACAGUUCGCUCUAAGGAACAUAAUGACAACUUUGCACGUAUCCGAUGGCACCAAACAGCAGACUAUGGCUUUGUCCCUAAUAAGAAAAUGCUCAAUACUUUCAUGGCUGUGACUAUAGAUCUUGGUGAUGAAAGUUCCCCCUAUGGAAGCAUCCAUCCUCGAGAUAAGCAGACAGUGGCCUCUCGAUUGCUCCGUGGUGCCUUGGCAUUAGCGUACGGUGAUAAAAGCAUCGCUUUCCAAGGCCCAUACCCUGAGAGAGUGGAGGUGGAUGUAGCCCGCAAAAGUAUCAAUGUCUCCUAUAAAGGAGAUAUCCUGCUUCGCCGCUUGACCAAUAACACAUUUGAGGUGUGCUGCUCUGCAGAGUCAUUGUGCCAUUGGAGCCCAGUAUCCAUUGCUACCAGCGCUUCCCACACAGUGAUUCUGCACAACCCAGAGUGCCCAAAUAGCACAGUCGGCCUCCGCUAUGCGUGGAGUGAGUGGCCAUGCGACUACAAGCUAUGUCCCAUUUACAACACAGAAGGAUUGCCUGCCCCUCCGUUCAUCACAUUUUCGCAGAAGAACUCUGGUUGGAAUAUAUCGUGAGCAGAAAGAUGGGUGGACAAUCUUAUAUUUUGGCCUCACAGGCUGCCGUAUGAAGUUCUGAAAAAUUGUAGUAGCAGAUUAUGUUUCUCAAUGUAGUAAACCUCUCUGACAGAGAGAGAGAAAAACCUUAAAAUUGGGGGUUGUGGUUGCUUACUCCUCAGAAAAGUUUAUAUAGAAGUUGCUGCUGGGGAACUUUCAUUGCACUUAGCACCUGCAUGAACCUUUAAUGGUCCCUUCUUCACUGCCUGCUCUGAAGUUUUGCAGAAACCGCAUCAUCUUGGUGAAACAAGGCAAACCUGCUCAAAAUUCUCUCUGUGCAGCUGUCCAAAGGAAAAGACCUAAUUUGGACCACGGCUUCAGACUAAAACAGGUGUAGUGCUGCAACAUAAUACGUUUGUUUGCUGCUUCUAGAACAUAGCUGAGUUGGCUCUCGAGGGGACUUUCUCUUGGGUUUCCCCUGCAGCUUUUGUUCCAGAACUACAAUAAAUUGUUCCACCUGGAGUAACACAUACAACUCUAUUCCACAUAGGUUAAAUUCUAUAUUGAAAUGCCCUAAUUUUGUUACCAGGCUUCUACUUUGAAAAAGGGAGUACGGUAACGUUAAAAGGUAAAGGACCCCUGGGCAGUUACCGUAAGUCCAGUCAAAGGUGACUAUGGGAUUGCGGCGCUCAUCUUGCUUUCAGGCCGAGGGAGCCAGCAUUUGUCCACAGACAGCUUUCUGUUUAUCUACUUGCACUGGCAUGCUUUCAAACUGCUAGGUUGGCAGGAGCUGGGACUGAGCAACGGGAGUUCACCCCGUUGCGCAGAUUUAAACCGCCAACCUUCUGAUCGGCAAGCCCAAGAGGCUCAGUGGUUUAGACCAUAGCGUCACCCACAUCCCCUGCCCCCCCCAAAAGGGAGUAUUAGUAUUUUUCUACUUAUCACUAUGAAAAUCUUUGGCCACAGCCAGAAGCUAUGGAAGUUUUUCCAGUAGAGGAUUGUGAUAAACUUGAUUGACUUCACCACUUAAGUGGAACUUAUUGCAUGUCUGCUUUAGAGAAACAGAGAGCCAGCCUUUUGACUGCUGUGAUCCUUGAAUGCAUUGUAUAAACACAAAGUCUUCUGUAUAACUUCCCCCCUCUCAUAUGCAGAUUUUCAUAUACGCUUAUUUUAUUAAAACUCAUACCUUUAACUCACUAAGAUUUUGUUAAUUGGGCCCAACUUUUUACAGCAUGUGAGGGUAAAUACUUUCUCUGGCAAAUUGCAGCAGUUCAAACAGCUCUUUUCAAGCACAGCUUAAAGGAGUCAGUUCAAAAGUUGGGAAUAUAGCACUUUGGUUUCCUCAGUUGUGCCUUUAAAAAUAAAAUGUAGGAAAUUAAAUGCCAA